AUGCCUCACGACAAGCACUCUCUUGACCACCGGGUCUCGGUGGACGGUGACGGCGAGCCUCUCGGCCGCCGCACCUCGGCGCUUGAGGAAGCCCCGACUUUCGUUCCACCAGCGGGUUACCCAGGCAUGCCCGUCACUCGCCGCCGAAGCACAGUCUCUCAAACCUCGCGCGUUACAUUCGAGCACGACCAGUCAGAGGACCUCGAUGAGCUUGUACGAAGUGCGUCGGCCAUCAGCCGGCACAGGUCAAGGGAUAGGCGUGAGUCCAAAGACAACGUCUUUGAGUUGCCCGCCUUCCCCAAAGCCGCAAAGCCUGGCCCCGUGAGCACCAUUCGCGAAGUACCCUCCCAGUUCACUACCCCUCAAUCAACACGGCCACCAUCCCCGGUCUCCGGCGUUAGCUCGGGCCCGCCCUCACCCGGUGGUGGGUCCGGCACACAGACGCCCGCCGAGUACGAGAUCGGCGCGGGGCAAGCCUAUCCGGACGUCGGCACCGUCGCAUCGUUCCGAGGAGCCAUCGUGCUACUCUGCACCUGUGGCGCUCAGCUCAUGGACAACAUCUUCAUGACGGCUGUCAACAUUGCCCUCCCCGCCAUCCAGAAGGACUUCAAGGUUAAGAAUGCGGAGUUGCAGUGGUUGAUCUCGGCAUACACCUUGACCUUUGGUGGCUUCCUUCUUCUCGCCGGCGUCUUUGCGGACCGCUUUGGUCGAAAGAUGAUCUUCUGCGCUGGGAUGGCUACGCUAAGUGUAUGGACAAUUGCCAAUGGUUUCGCGACCUCGUUCAUCCAGCUGGCUAUCUUCCGAGCUUUGCAAGGCAUCGGCGCUGCCAUGACUGUGCCUUCGGCCGUCGGCAUCAUCAGCAACUACUUCAUCGCCAAGGACCGCACGCUUGCACUAACAAUCUUUGGUGCCGCCGGUGCCGUCGGAUUCUGCCUAGGCCUCAUCUUUGGAGGCUUCUUGACUUCAUCGCUUGGCUGGCGAUACAUCUUCUACAUCCCCACUGCCGUCACAAGCAUUCUUGGCAUAAUUGGCUGGGGUCUUCUCCCCAAGGACAGACUCGAGGGCAACUCGAAGCCCAAGCUCGAUUUUGUUGGCGCCGGUCUGUCGACUGCUGGUCUCAUACUGCUCAGCUUCGUACUUUCUAGCGGUGGCGAGUAUGGAUGGGGCAAGGCCUUCAUCAUCGCGCUGCUGGUCGUUAGUAUCGCGAUGAUUGUUGCCUUCACCUACGUUGAGAAGAAGGUUGCCAACCCCAUCAUGCCACUGUCGCUAUGGAAGCUCGAGAACUUUGCUGCUCUUUGGAUCGGUGGCUUCGUAUCAUAUGGAGGAUACCAGACCACGAUCUACUACACCACUCUCAUUGCCCAAGAGGUCAACCACCUCAGCGCAGGACAGACCGCCCUCCGAUUUCUUCCUAUGGGUGCAACAGGCUUCAUCUUCAGCCUCUCCAUGUCCCGCAUGCUCGAGAUCUUCAACACCAAGCUCCUCCUUGUGAUCGGCAUGGCCAUCUGCGCAAUCGCGCCUAUUCCUUCCACGCUCAUGCGACAAGAUGACCUCAACUUCUGGAAGCAUGUCUUCCCAACCACUGUCAUGGGCGUCGCGGGUGUAACAAUCGUCUACUGCACCAUCACCGUCGUGCUGCUGGCUUCGGUGCCGGUCAAUGUCAAGAGCCUGUGCGGCGGCAUGAUCAACACGGCAUUCCAGAUUGGCAGCGGCGUCAGUCUCGCUUUGGCAGGGGCUGUUGUCCAGGCUGUUGACACUAGCAAGGGACACAGUGACUUGCGGCAAUACAAUACUGGUUUGCUGUGCUGCUGUGGUCUCGCUGGCAUCGGCAUGAUUGCUAGCGCGUUUGGAGUGAAGAACAUCGGCAAGGCGGUGGGCGGGCCUGUGAUGGCACACUAA